GACGGCGCUGCUGCGCGGGAGCGUGCGGUGCGGCGGCGGGACGGGCCGCGGCUGCGGGCGCGGAGAGGCUGCGGCAGGUUCCUGCUACAUUAUGUCAGGAGACAGUGACUGCACCAGGACAAGUCCAUCAGCAGGAUCUCCAUCGGACAACGAGUUCUUGCCAGAUCGGCCUAAGUAUGUUUGCUCCCUGUCUCCUGAUCUCAUUACCAAAGCCCGGGAAGAGCUCCAAGAGAAACCUGAGUGGCGGCUCCGCGAUGUGCAGGCGCUGCGGGACAUGGUGUGCAAAGACUAUCCCUCCCUGGGCACCUGCCUGGACGAUGCUUUUUUGCUCAGAUUCCUCAGAGCCAGGAAAUUCGAUUAUGAUCGAGCGCUUCAGCUUCUGGUGAACUACCACAGCUGUAGGAGGAGCUGGCCUGAGGUCUUCAACAACCUGAAGCCAUCUGCCAUAAAGCCCGUCCUGGAGUCGGGCUUUGUCACUGUGCUGCCUCACCGGGACCCAGAGGGACGCCACGUCGUCUGCAUCCGCCCAGACAGAUGGACACCCAGUAAUUAUCCGAUUACUGAGAACAUUCGUGCCAUAUACUUAACGUUAGAAAAACUCAUUCAGUCCGAAGAGACCCAGGUGAAUGGAAUUGUAAUCCUGGCAGACUACAAAGGAGUCAGCUUAUCUAAGGCGUCUCAUUUUGGUCCUUUUGUAGCCAAAAAAGUGAUUGGAAUUCUUCAGGAUGGAUUUCCCAUUCGAAUAAAAGCUGUUAACAUAAUUAAUGAGCCUCGGAUAUUCAAAGGCAUUUUUGCAAUCAUCAAGCCUUUUCUGAAGGAAAAGAUAGCAAACCGGUUUUUUCUUCAUGGCUGUGAUCUGAAUUCCCUUCAUCAAAACAUACCUCCAGUGAUCCUUCCUGAAGAGUAUGGUGGUACUUCAGGGAAGCUGGACAUCUCUGCGUGGAACGAGCUGCUGCUGGCCUCUGAAGAGGACUUUCUGCACGAUUUCUCCCAGCUGGUUCUCCCGUGUGACAGCUCUCCCCACAACCUGCUAUCUCCCUGCAGCAUGAUUGCACUGCCAAACAGACUCCUCUACCACUGUAAUGACCUCCUGAUCUGGCAGCAAACCUCAUCCUGGAAUUAGGGGAUAGCACAUGUCACCCAGGGAUUACAAAAGGACCCUGGCCUUUCAGAGGGGGAAAACCAUGAAACUUUUGUUUUGAGCAUCAGAGUUCAGCCUUUGUGGGAGCAGAGGACUCAUCACUUGAACUGUUCUGGAUUAAAGGUGGGAAGAAAUUAAUUUUUCCUCACUGAAAGGUAGGAAAAAACAGAUGCUUUGUAAGUCCCCUUUGAUAGCUAUUACCUUUGGGGGAGAGGAGGAAACCUAACUUUUUCAGCUACUUAAAAUAGGUAAAAGAGCACUGCUGACUCCUUCCUCAUCUCUGACCACAGUGGGCUGUGUGUUUUGCAGAAGUUAAUUGUUUUGUGCCACCUAGCAAGCCAGCAGCACACACUACCAGGACUUAAAAAGUUAAGUGGCUGCCCACAUGUUUAACUGUCAGAACAGAGGAUGGUGUUUAUGCUGUUUUAGUGUCUCUUCAUUCCAACCACAAUUAAAAAUUGCUAGAAGUAAAGACAUGACUGGUAUGGGAUCCUCUUUCUCUAACUGUGCUGCCAGGGUUCGAAGUGGUGGCAUUUUGACAGUUAACCUUUAAGAACAGCGACUCUGAUUAUGUAACUACUAGAGAGGAGAGCUGAAUAUUCAAAAUGCAAUUUAGUGUCCUUCAAAAAGAAAACAGACUCACCUGGUGUCCAGCAGAAGCCUCAGAAAGCUCUACAGAAACCAAACCCCUUUCCAGGCUUUUAUAUUCCUGUGCAUGCCUUAAAUAGUAGGCAAACCACACCCCUUUCUCCCUCCUCCUUUCUCCUCUGCUCACACAGGAACUAAGAGUAAAUCUGAGAGAUACAGCUACAUUAUCAAUGCUGAAAGCUGCCUAUGUUAUGCCUCCAGAACUUUUUUCUUAAAGCUGGCUGCUGGGCAGUUGAUGUUGGGAUGCCUGAGCUAAGCCAGGCUUACCUUUAUCAACCACCUGUUAUUCCUAAUUUGCUCUUUCUUAGCUUUAGAAUUCAGAGUUGCAACUUGAUUGAGCUGUAUCUCUGACCCCUCUUAGGUUCAUAACUAGGGCUUGGCUUAGAGAAAGCACAGCUCCCUCUUUUAUGUGCUUGACUACUGAGCUGAGAGUGCUCUUUGAGCUUUAGGAUUUACUAGCAAUGAAAUCUGUUUAUUUCCCCUAACUUCUUAUGUCAGCAUUUUGAAAAUAAACAUGGUUUAAGUAUAUAGAGCUACCUGCAAGUUAAGAGGAUAGGAAAAGCUUACAGCUGUGUUGGGGUGUUUUUCCACAGCACUAAGACUGAUCUAUUCUUUUUUCCACUUGAACUAACUUUGUUUGCAGAGCUUACAUGCCUUGCCCAGUCCAUAAGCCAUUCCUGCCAAAUCCAACACAGAGUAAGGAAAGAUACUCCAACUGCCUGGGGCUGCUGUGGCUUUUGAUGGGAAGUGGGACAAAAGUAGCUGCUUACUGUACAUACAAGUACUUGAAUUUAUACUCUUGCAAAUGGGUGUUACAAAGCCCGAGGUAUUUUCAGGAACUGGGUGAAAUAUUGUCUUUGUUAAAUCUCAUUUUGGCAUGAGUUGAUCAUAGUGUUAUUCAAACUAAUGAUUUUGCCUUCUGUUGUGUGUGGGCCCAGAGGUGUUGGGUGGUUAAGUGUACAUCUUAUUUUGACCAAAUUUAUUUUUCUAUUGCAUUUUAUAAAAUGGAAGUGGUCAAAAUGUGUAAUUUUAUGAUGCAUGACCAGGUGAUUAAACACAUUAUAACAGCUGCUAA